CAGAAGUACGAGAACAAGAGUGCGAAAUAAAUUGCGUUCGCAUGAGGUUUGCGGGUGUGGAAUCUUUGGUGGCAUUACGCACAAAUUCCAAAGUGGUCAGUGGUUGUGGUUUUUGUUUCGGUGAUUGGCAGCAACAUCCCUACCAGCAGCAGCAGCAGCAAGUACGGAAAGGAAAACAAAAACCCAACAUUUCGUAGGCUGCUGCUGGCAAAGUAGUGUGUGGGUAAGCCUGCUGUGUGUGUGUGUGUGUGUCCUACAUGCGCCUGUGCUGCUGGUAGUAGUGGUUGUGGCACGGGAACGUUUCUAGAGCCAGUGUUUUAUAUUGCUGUUUUUCGAAUUGCCGUUUUUUUUUCUACCCCUUCAACUUGCAGAUCUCGUGCGUUCCGUAAAUGUUCGAUCGUUAGUGCGUGCGACGGAGAGCUUCGAAUUGCUCCAAAUCUACAUUUUCCGUGUAUGUGCGUGCGUGCGUGUGUGUGUGCGAGAGAGGGUUUUUCGAAACGUCACGUCGUCGUUGUUGUUUUAUUUGCGUUUUUGUUUUUUUUGUUGCUUAACCCCAUCGAUAGUGUCUGGAUGAGGGUGGGGAGGAAGACGGAGGGGGAAAAUCACAAGUGAUUCUCCGCUUUGCAGCAGUGCAGCACCUUGGGAGCAGCCAAGCAACCGAUCGCCCAACGCAUAUUGGAAAAUUCAAGUGAAAAAAGGUGUAGUGUGCGAGUGCAGUGAGUGAGUGAGCGCGUUUGUGUGUGUGUGUGUGUGUGUGGGCACUGUAUGCGAGGGGUGUCUCGUAAGAUUUUUCGUCGUCGUCGUCGUCCCCCCCAAGUCGUGAAUCGUGAGAAGCAAUUCUGCAAUUAGAGGAAUCAGUUGCUAGCUCCACUUCCGCGAGUUUCGAAGUGUGUCAUUCAAGUGUCGCGGCAAAGCCUGUGUCCCUUCGAAUCGGGACGUGCGCUGUUGUGUGAGUGGCUCAAGUUCGCGUACGCUACACGUAAACAGAUCAUCAACCUGAGUAGGCAGUAACAGCAGUAUUAACAACAACAGCAGCAGCAGUCCGUGCGUGAAGGCCUCGUCGUCGUCGUUGUUGUUUGCCCCGGAAGUGAGAAUGGAUUCCGAUGACGAAAGCUUCGAGGAGCACGAUUCGGGCAACGUGUCCAGCGGAGAUGACGACUUCGCGAUGGAUGUGGACAUCAACAAUCCGCGGGACCGUGGCCAAGAGACGGACGAGUACCCGUACGAUGUACUUACGACCGACGAAAUCGUACAGCAUAUGGUCGACUGCAUCAAGGACGUGAACAGUGUCGUGGAGAUCCCUGCCACCAUCACACGUAUUCUGUUAAACUAUUUCAAAUGGGACAAGGAAAAGCUGAUGGAACGGUUCUACGACGGUGAUCAAGAUAAGCUAUUUAAGGAUGCGCACGUUAUCAAUCCGUUUCGGAAGCCAAGUUUAGCACUCAAGCCAAAGAUCAAAAAGUCCAGAACGGAGGAUUGCGAAAUAUGCUACUCGACGUUUCCUCCCAGUGGUUUUCGAGUAAAAGUGAAUAAGUUGGGACAGGAUCCUUCCAAAGUUGAAAUGGAAUAUAUCGAGGGGAUGAUGACCGGUUUGGAAUGCGGACACCGUUUCUGUACGCAAUGCUGGCAAGAGUACCUGACCACAAAGAUCGUCGAGGAGGGGCUCGGUCAGUCGAUAGCGUGUGCGGCUCAUGGAUGUGAUAUACUGGUCGAUGAUGUAACGGUGAUGCGAUUGGUGCAGGAUUCGCGAGUCAGACUCAAAUACCAGCACCUUAUCACCAAUAGUUUUGUCGAGUGUAAUCGGUUGUUACGGUGGUGCCCAUCGGCCGAUUGCACGUAUGCGAUUAAGGUGCAGUACGUCGAUCCGCGACCGGUUGUCUGCAAGUGCAACCACGUGUUCUGCUUCGAGUGUGGUGAAAAUUGGCACGAUCCUGUACAGUGUCGGUUGCUAAAGAAAUGGAUCAAAAAGUGUGAUGAUGAUUCAGAAACUUCCAACUGGAUUGCCGCCAACACGAAGGAGUGUCCGAAAUGUAAUGUAACAAUAGAGAAGGACGGUGGCUGUAACCAUAUGGUGUGCAAAAAUCAAAACUGUAAACAUGACUUCUGCUGGGUAUGUCUCGGAUCUUGGGAACCGCAUGGUUCUUCCUGGUACAACUGCAACCGAUACGACGAGGAUGAAGCGCGUGCGGCACGUGACGCUCAGGAAAGGUUGCGUUCAACGUUGGCAAGAUAUCUACAUUACUACAAUCGCUACAUUAACCACAUGCAGUCGCUUAAAUUUGAACACAAGCUGUAUGCAGCUGUAAAGGAAAAGAUGGAAGAAAUGCAGCAGCAUAACAUGUCUUGGAUUGAGGUCCAAUUUCUGAAGAAAGCUGUCGAUAUUCUCUGCCAGUGUCGCCAGACACUCAUGUGCACUUACGUGUUUGCCUACUACCUUAAAAAGAAUAAUCAGUCACAGAUCUUUGAGGAGAAUCAAAAAGAUUUGGAAACGGCCACAGAAACGCUAUCCGAGUACUUGGAGCGUGAUAUCACGUCGGAAAAUUUGGCGGACAUUAAACAGAAAGUACAGGAUAAAUACAGAUACUGCGAGAAGCGUCGAAAAGCGUUACUGGAUCACGUACACGAAGGCUAUGAGAAGGAUUGGUGGGAAUACACCAACUGAUGAUGAUGUUUGUUAGCAAAUGGUGUAUGAGUGCGGAUUGUGUAACACGUUCUGAUCUGAAGCGUUCGAACUUAAUAUGUAGGAGAACAUCUAAUAAUUUAUAGCUUUGUUUGGGUAGUUCCGCGUCGACGGUUACGCGAGGGUUUGAUGCGGUGGUACGCAACAUAACUUCUUUCGCAAUAGAAGGAUGCCGUCUAGAGUGUUCGCGUUCGCUUUGUCGGCAAUGGUCUGUAAGCUGCCCGGGUUCCCGUUGAACUACGCGGGACCUUGGUAUCAAGACCAAUUUCAACUGUACCCAUCCGUGUCCCACAACCCAAAAGAAAAACAAACCCCCCAAACAAGCCUUCACUCAGUAACAACGCUAUGUUUAAAUUAUAACCGAACAGAUAGCCAAAGUAGGUUUUGUUAUCUACCGCUAAAGUAGAGAGAGAAAGAGAGCAAGUAAGAGAGAAAAAAUUAGCAUAUCGUGCAGUUUGCAAAAUUGUAUCAGAUCGACCACACACAGAACAAUGCUCUAGAGCUCUGAUCCAUUCCAUUGGAGCUGCUACGACGACGAGUUUUAUUUCCGUUUGCGUUUCUCGAUUGAUGUGGGGUUCAAAAGAUUUUUGUUCAAACGUAAUUAAAUUGUUUCCUUUUGUCCCCUUAAAUUUGUUGUUUCGUUUUCUCGUAAAAUGCACCUGCACACACGAACACGCUAUUAUGAUAGGAACUGUGUAAGCCCUAGGCCUUAGUUUUAUAACACGGAAUGCUCUUGUGUUACCAUCGGCAAAACAAAAAUACACACACCCAGCUGGAACUCCGUUGCAUGAUGCUACGAAAAUUGUGACAAAAGAAUGGUUCACGAAAAGUUGUGUUAUUGAGUUUAAAAUUCAUCGACAUGAAGGAUGCACUAUGCUUCAUUCUGAGGUUGUAAUGUUUGUCUUGUGUCCGUUGGAUAUUUUGAGCAAUUUGAACUUUGAGCGCUGGUGAUUGUUAAAGAAACAAAACAAAGCAAACAGAAAAAAAAAACACAGUUGUAUCGAAGCGAUUCUUUGUUGCAUGUGUUGUUCACUCGCUGUAAUUUAAACCCUUAUUGAUAACAUAGAAAAUUGUACAAUUAGAUACGGUAAACAAACAAAUACACACACACACAUAUCUGGUGCCUGGUGCGUUGGAUUGUGUGGAUGUGGUGUUUUUGUUUUUAAUUUUCACCUACAAAUACACGACCACAAGCACCGAACCCAUCUCUUACCGCUCUUCCGGAACAUUGUUGGAAAGCCAUCUUGCCAUCUAGCUGUUUUGUGUUUGCUGCAAACAGACCGACCUUGCAUAGUGUGUGUGGUUCUUUGAAGUGUGAUAAUAAUAAAACUACAGGUGGUACAAAUUGGAGAGAAAAAAAACAUAUUAAUUUGUUUCUUGUUUUUGAUUUCGUUGCUUUUUUGUGGGUUUUUGUUUAAAGGGGUUUAAAAAAAACAAUAGUUUGAGAGAACAAGCUCCCCACCAUCGAUCGAGAUCAAGCGCGGAAUAGUUAGCGAAAAAAAAAAUGUAUGUAUGUGUCCUUUGUUUUUGAUAAUGUAGCAUCAAUUAGAUUUGAAGUCCCUUCAUUUGUACCAGCAUAGCUGAACACUUAAUCUAUGUACGAUAUGUUUUUUGCUGCUGUUUAUGUUUUGCUGCCGUAACUUUUGUUUCCAAAAAGUGUAUUUCUUUCGUUUUGUUAAAGGUUUAGAGGAAUUUAAAUGCUGAUACAUCGGUAGAUCGGCAAACGAGCAACGGUAUAGAGGAGCUUUUGCAUCGGAAAUGGAGAUAAACACAAGAUAGAAUUACCGAAACACACUCUGUACAUAGUGGCCGUACCGUUUGUUGUGGUCCCCCUCCAAAGAAGAAGCAGAAUCCGCAGAACUUGGUCGCACAGGUGCGGUCGUGUGCGUGUGUGUGUGUCUGCGAGAUGUGUAAAAAUAUAUUUCAAAGAUGGAUGAUAUAUUAAUUGACGUGAAAGUUAAUUGCAUGUUGUAAGCGGUUUAAUGCCUAACACCCAUUCGGUUAGGCAGCGGACGAAUACAGCCGCGGGUUACGCGGGUUAGAUCAGGAAAGACAGGAAUACCGAAGUAUAUGUACUGUUGUUGAUUGUGUGUUGUUUGCAGACAAAAACAGGAGAAAAUCGCGCUCUAAAAAGAAAAGAAAACAAAAACAAGCAACAGAAAAGAGGACAACCGAAACAAAAACAAAAAAAUGGCGUCUGUACUAAGUGUGCUGUACUGUAUAGAGUGCGUUUGCGUACCACGAAUAAACGACCUUGUUAGCGGCGAACCAAGUGAAAGAUGAGUAAACAAACAAAUGAAAGGAACAAACAUAAAGAAAAAGUUUAAUGCGGAUGAGGUAAGGAAGAGAAAAAAAAAUAUACAUAAUGAAAGAUGAAUA